AUGGGAGGCAAGAAGGCCGCCGGCGAGAACUCCAAGAAGGCUGCGGGCAAUGCCCGUAAAGCCGAAGCCGCCGCCAGCAAAAAGGCCGCCGAGGACGCCAAGCGCGCCGCCGAAGAAGACGCCAAGUGGUCCAAGGGCGCGAAGGGUAACAACAAGCGCGAAGACGCCGAAGCCAAAAAAGCCGAAGCCGCGCGCAAGAAGGCCGAACGGGACGCCCUCCUCGCCGCCGAAGAAGCCUCCCAGCCCAGCAAACCCAAGAACACGAAAGCCGCCGCGAAGAAGAACGCCGGACCCAGCCGGGGCACAUUGGAUCUGUCGCAGCUCGACGAUUCCCCGGCCAGCAAGAAGGCUUCUGCGCUCAAUGCGUCUGGUAUCGACAAUGCGCUCGACGCUUUGUCGCUUACGGGCAAGGAUAGCGGCAAGGUGGAUCGGCAUCCGGAGAGACGAUUCAAGGCUGCGUAUGCGGCGUACGAGGAGAGACGGUUGCCUGAGAUUGAGGCUGAGAAUCCGGGUCUGAGACGUAACCAGCGCAUCGAGAUCUGUAAGAAGGAGUUUGAGAAGAGUGAGGAGAAUCCGUUCAACCAGGUGCAUGUGGCAUUUGAUGCGAGUCGGGAGGAGAUUGCGGCUGUGAAGGAGGCGGAGAGGAAGAAGGUUGAGGCGAGGUUGGCGAAAUGA